AUGGCCCGCCGCGGAAAUUGGGGAUUUCGGGGUAGAACGAGCAACCGAGGAGGAUUCAACAGCAGAAAGUGCAAUGAGCCGGAAACACCCUGUGUACACUUUCAGCGUGGCAGGUGCCACUACGGUGAGAGGUGCAGAUUCUCGCACGACGUGACUAAGGCUGCCAACUUCGGGUUGAAUCCGGGCAGUGAUCUGGACGCUCAGAAUCGAUACUUCGACUGGAGGAGACUCCUUAGGAAAAGAAUAUCAGGGCCUGGAUAUUUUCCAAUGGAACAAGAGGACCUCGUUCAAUUCUGGAACGGGGCACUCGAAAUUCUGGAAAGUGACAGCAGAGAGAAUCAUCAAUUCCUCGCCAAAGAUCUUGUGGAUGACAAUCUUCGUGGAUAUGAUUUUAUCCUGGCAACUGCGGAUGCGGACAAUUCAGAGGGAAUAAGACCUAUUCCAGCUCACAAUGAGCCGUUCCUCAAAGUAAUUACCCAUAUUUCUCUGCUGAAUUGUCUUUCUAUCGAUUCAUUUGUUGGCACUCUGUACACAUCCUUCGGUGGCACAAAUGGGGAUCGAGCAAUCAGAUAUCUGAGAGGUGUCUGCCAGAACCUGAUACGUAAAGGUGAAGACGCCAGCGAAACCGCACCGGAUAUCUCCCUAGACAUGAUGAAAUUGCUGUUGAAUACCCUUUACCAGCUUUUGUCAAGAGUCCGACGCGCUCGAUUCCACGAUGAACUUCCCGUACUACUCGACCUAGCCCGGGAACUGGCCUCCAAAAUGACCGAGGAAUGCUCGAAGGCCGACCUUGAUGGACUUGAAAGCAGAAUAGAAGUCAUGCAGAGCCUGGUCACUAGUGCAAGCCGCAAUCUUGUUACACCCAGGGCGCAUGAGGGGGAUUCCCAGAAGGCUAUGCUAGUCGUGUCGUCUUUUCCAAUGGAUAUGCAAAUACCAGGAGGGAGACACGACAACGACCUCGCAGAAAUAUCCCAGAUUCAGAUUCUUCCUACCCAUCGAGAAAUUGUCAACAACAAUUUAGAAUAUCUACCCUCUACCAAUUUCCUACAGCCACACUUUCUGGCCGACCCUUUGCAAAGAUAUGUUGACUCAACAUUCCGACUCCUACGCCACGAUAUCUUCGGCUCAGCCAAAGAUGUUCUCAGAGAUCUGCUGCAGCAAAAUGAUUUGACACGAAGUCCUUAUCUGUUAGGCAAGGAUGGCAGGGCACAUCUCUAUCUGGGAGCACAAGUCCAGCACAUAUUUAUCAAUGAUAGAAAUGAGCUCGAAGCAACUGUGUCCUUUUCUACUCCACCACAACUCCGCAAAAAGACCUCCAAAGAGCAAUGCAAAUGGUGGGAAGACUCCAGUCGACUUGAGGAAGGAAGCCUAAUCUGCUUCUUGACGUCCCAAGGAGCUCACAGAAGGCAUAUAUUCCUCGAGGUUACUGUGAAGAACUCUUCCAAGGACCAAGCGCACCGGAACAAGAGCAGUCUUGUUUCCGAUAGAUUUCCACCUAGUAUUACGGUCAAGCUUGCGGCAUGUCUACAACAAGAACUGAUCUUCCUGGGCCAGCUUUACAGCGAGAGGGUCACUGGUCUUCUGGUCGAAUUCCAUGGUUUGAUCCCUGCCACGUUCAUCCCUAUCCUGGAAAACCUUCAGCAAAUCCAACGGGAAGGGGAUUUGGCAUUCCGAGCAUGGGUCUUGCCUGGCCAUAAGGGUGAUAAGGAUGGACACGACAUACCCCCACCGGCUUACGCGCGCAAACCAGGAUUUAUCUUUCCCCUGACUUCGAUCACAAACGUUACGGCGGACAAUGUUGAAUUGGACCCGAGUACCCCUGAGUCUGUCGACACCUUGAAGCUGCAGGCUCAGACUGGUCUCGAUUAUGGCCAGUGCCAGGGACUUAUCGCAGCUCUCACACGAGAGUAUGCCCUCAUCCAAGGCCCACCGGGUACCGGAAAGUCCUAUUUAGGUGUCAAGAUUGUUCAAGCUCUGCUUGAAAUCAAGCAAAAGGCAAAGCUAAACCCGAUCAUCGUGAUCUGCUAUACCAACCAUGCCUUGGACCAAUUCUUAAAGCAUCUUCUUGAUAUAGGUAUCCAGAGAAUCAUACGCAUUGGCGGUCGCAGUCAGGCCACCGAGCUUGAAGGCAAGAACCUUCGCGUUGUCAGUAAAGGCGCUUCGAAGACGGAGGUAGAGUCGAAAACCCUCCGCAUGUCUUACAGUAGACUUGAAGACUGUAUGGGAACUGCUGGAUAUGCAAUGAAACCUCUGCACCAGUCUCAGAAAGGCCUGUCUUGGGCCGCUAUUGGGAAUUUCGUGUGCCAUAAAUGGCCCAUUAUAUAUGACCAGCUGGAGCGACCAGACCUGGAGGGAUUCACAACUGUCACAGAUGAUAAAUUGCUUAACUGGCUUGAAGUCAAAUCGAUGAGAAUCCAAAACAGCCAGAAUGAGAGUGAAGUUGACGGUGUGCGUUUCGAGCGCCUCACACGUGCUGCUAAGGAAAAUAUUUAUAGUCUCUCGAUACCGGAACGCCAGAUUCUUGCAAUGGAUUGGUUCAAAAAGUGGCAGGAAAGCAAAACAGCCUCGCUUUUUGAGGUCAUUAAUCGCGCUACCCGUCAUCGCGACGAUAUUAAUGCAGUCCAUGAAGAGAUCAAUCGCCGAGCCCUAAUUCAAGCAGAUGUGGUAGGAAUCACGACAACAUCCCUCGCACGCCAUAUCAAGACACUGCGCCGCAUAGGAACAAAGGUCAUUAUAUGCGAGGAAGCAGCUGAGGUGAUGGAAGCCCACGUUAUCUCAGCCCUCAUGCCAGGUGUUGAGCACUUUAUUCAGAUUGGGGAUCACCGACAGCUGCGACCACAGAUUCAAAAUCAUUCACUCAGUCUUGAAACAUCCACAGGAAAGGCGUGGCAGCUAGACAGAAGCCAAUUUGAGAGACGCGCUGUCGGUGAGCCGGGUCUCAAGCCUGCCCCUAUUGCACAGCUUAAUGUACAGCGAAGAAUGAGGCCCGAGAUCUCGCAACUUAUCAGGAGUGUCUAUCCCAAACUCGAAGAUCAUGAAAGUGUGACAACUCUGCCCAAUGUUGUUGGAAUGAGGGACAACCUCUUUUGGCUGGACCAUCAAUGUGAUGAAGACUCGAGAGAUGACGGCAGCCGUGUGAAGUCUCAUAGCAACCAGUGGGAGGUCGAUAUGACUACUGCUCUUGUUCGGCAUCUUGUUCGGCAGGGAGAGUACAAGAGCACGGAUAUUGCCCUCUUAACCCCAUAUACCGGGCAGUUGCGGAAGCUCAGGGCAUCGCUUAGCAAUGAUUUCGAGAUUUGCCUUAGCGAACGGGACCUAGAAACAUUGGCUGCGGAUGCGUUUGAGAAGGUUGAAGAAGAGAAUCCCGAGUCAAAUAGUCCCAAGGCACUCGAGAAGAAGACGUUGCUCCAGACGCUCCGCCUUGCCACAGUCGACAACUUCCAAGGCGAGGAGGCAAAAGUGAUAGUCGUCUCACUAGUUCGCAGCAACUCAAAGCGCAAGGUUGGCUUCCUACGCACCGAAAACCGCAUCAACGUGCUCCUCAGCCGGGCUCAGCACGGCAUGUAUCUCAUUGGAAACGCCCAAACAUACCUUAAUGUACCAAUGUGGGCCGAUGUCCACUCUCAGCUCUCCCGUGCGAAUGCAGUUGGCACGGAGUUGGCUCUUUGUUGUCCUCGCCACCCAGAUACGCCUAUUCUAUGUUCUGAACCUCACGAUUUUGAAAGGAAGAGCCCUGAGGGUGGGUGCAGUCUCCCGUGUACACGUCGACUUGAGCCAUGUGGCCAUCAAUGCCAGGCUAAGUGCCAUUCGGCGGUGAUGCACGACGGUUUCGCGUGUGAAAAGCCUUGCCCACGUAUCCGAUUAACCUGUGAUCACGAAUGUCCUAAGCUUUGUGGUGAAGAUUGUGGCUCUUGCAUGACGAAGAUUGAAGACGUGGAGCUUCCUUGUGGUCACAUUAAGAAGGCUGUCUUCUGCCAUCAGCUGCGUAGCCUGGAAGUCGUUAGGUGCGACGUCAAGGUUGAAAAAAUUGUUCCUAAGUGUGGCCAUAAAAUCCAGGUUAGCUGUUUUAAGGAUGUAACAUCCCUGAUCUUCCUGAUUGCUGUGGAAACUGUCUCACGGAAGUUUAUGACGGAAAAAGAAUAUCUUACCACCCGAAGUGCACAAAACGAUGUGACCGUCCACACGGUGUUUGCAACCACAGGUGUCCCAAAGAGUGUCACAAUGGGAAAGGCUGCGGUUACUGCGAGGAAAAGUCCGAUGCUCGCACUCAGCAUGCGACUUAACCUGCGGAAAAGCAUGUGCACCAUGCAUCGAGAGAUGCACCUGUGCGGCGACAAGAGUGAUGCUCGUGUUGACUUCCUCGAAUGGAAAAGCUAUUCCGAAAUAAAUAUCGAUGAAACCCCAAUUAUCGUGCUUGGAUGCGGCCAUUUCUUUACAAGUGAAUCGGUUGAUGGAUUGGUUGGCCUAGGUGAAGUAUACACGAGAGAUAAAGAUGGAAAAUUCGAAGGCCUCCGAGAUGUCUCUUCUUCUCUUGCCAGUGCCAUACCCUCGUGCCCAGACUGUAAACAACCCAUUCGCCAAUUUGUGACGAAACGUUACAAUCGCGUUGUCAACCGCGCUGUUAUGGACGAGACUUAUAAGCGGUUCCUUGCCAAGGGUCGGAUCGACCUUGAAGACCUUGAAUCGCGUUUGAACGAUAUUGAAGACAGGCUCAACUCCAAGCGAGUGUUGCUCCUCGAUUGGAACGCCGAAUUACAGUUCAAAGGACUAUACGCGGCAUGUGCGCGCCUUGGGACAGAGGCUUCGACUCUCAGCAAAACCAUGGAGGCCGAGAACCAGCCGAUGAAACGGCUUAUGGAUGCAAUUACCAUCUGCCAGAAGCCACAAAGCGACGAAAUAGCCUCCCUCUCGUCCCGAAUAGAGGCAAUAAAUUUAGCAACACGAGAACCCGACAACCAAAUCACUCUCGGCGCACGGCUAAUCCACAUCAAAGCCCGAGAAGUCACGCUUGGCCAUAAGUUUAAAGUGAUAGAGUCAAACAAAAAUCCUGCACAAGCACGGCUAACUUUCACCAACCUAUCAUCAAUCUCGACUCAAGUGUUAAAGGAUUGCCGAGACUUGAUAACUCAAGCGGAUGAACGAAGUCUCUACCGCAUCGUCAUCACGGCAACCAUCUCAUUCGCUAAGAUCGCCCACCUGGACGCGUGGUAUCGCCGCACUUAUCCAGCAGAAACAACAUUGGAUCUACAUCCUAAAGAAAGCUACACUCAUCCUGAAGAGCCCGAAUAUUGCACUGAAACCAUUCGCGAUCUCCUUACCGCUGCGGUAAAACUAUGUGAUGGACUGGGAAACUGCCCCGAGCUCCAAGAGCAGGUCCAGGAGAUGAUCCGUCUCUACGAGGGACCGCGGUACGAGACAGUGACUUUAAAAGAACUGCAAUCAAUCAAAACCGCCAUGGUCAGUGGGCGAAGAGGAAUCGCGACUCACUCCGGGCACUGGUACAAUUGCGUCAAUGGACAUCCGUUUGCUAUUGGAGAGUGCGGUAUGCCGAUGGAGCAAGCUAGAUGUCCUGAGUGCGGAGCACCUAUUGGAGGUCAAAACCACACGGCUGUUGCGGGCGUAUCUCGAGCACGUGAGAUGGAGUAG